CGUUUAAUUAUUAGAAAAUCUAAAAAGCUUAGUCUUGCAGUGUUGGAAUUUGUGUUUUUAUACAUCUUAAAAAAAUGCCUUAUUGGUAUUCAAAUUAUCAAAAUGCUUUUGUUGCAAAACAAUUAAAUUUAUAAUUUUCAAUUCCAAUAUAUGACAUCAGUUUUAAAAAAAAAAUUAAUUAAAUAUUGAUUUCACAGAACGAAAAACUACUAAUAAUUAACAACAGAAUAUUGAGAUAGUCGUCUCGUUAAAGUUUACAUCAAGAGCUUUUGACUUCAUCUAUUAGUGGUAUGAAACACUGCAUCAAGCAGCAUCAAAAAUAAUAUACAAUUUAAAAAAAAAUUAAUAAAUCAUUAUACUAACAACUACAUGGGUGUUAAAAUCCUUUUCAAAGUUUAAACCAGAUAGUACCUAGUAUCACAGUUUAAUAAUUUUGACUUAAUUAACAUACGUUAACCAUAGAUAUUGUAAUAAAAUCGCGAUAGCCAUGAUUCACAAAGUCUAGAUUAAACUAGUAUAAAUUCACAGAGUCGAUUAUUUUUCGUUAUCACACUACAUCCUCACUCGUGGGACAGCAGGCUAAGUAUAUAUCAUAGUCUUAGAUUAUACUAUCUUAUCUAUAUUAUAAUAAAGAUAUCUGUGUACCAUGAAAUAAGAUAUCCGAGCUAAAAUGCGUUCAUUAUCGUUUAUCAGAAUCGUCAGACUAACCUACCCGCUUGCCAGUUCCCGCAUUUUUGGUUACAACCAUUUCAGUGCUAUCGAUUUUUUAUCAAAAUGAAAAAACGUUAUAAUAAACAAUAUUUGUUUUUUAAUUUUAAUAAUAUAAAAGUUUUUAUUAAUUUCUAAAAUAUUGUUUUUGUUCAGUUCUUUCUAAUUUUAAAAAUGUCACGAGCUUUUCUUGCUAAUUCAUGAUAUCAUUAAAAAUGAAAUAUAAGUUUAUAACGAAAGUAACUAAAUAGAUUCACGGUGUUACCAUUAUGAUUACCUUGGUGCUUGCGGUUUUGUGUGGAAUAAAUGUUAAUUAAAAUCACGGCUUUAAAUAUUGUCGACUAGUAUCUAAAGCCGUGAUUAAUAUUAUCUAUAAGCUCCGAGUACUACCGGCAAUAUUUGUGAUAAAGAUUACUAUGUUAUCGCGGGCUUUGUGUUAUCACCAUGCACGAGGUACAAAACUGAGCGUCCGUCUAGCUAUUAUCACGUUUAUGGUCGUAUAAAUGCGGUUCGCGGGGUUAGCUUUCGUCGGUUUCACGAAUUUUCCAUAGAUAUGACAUUCGAACAGUCUGUAAAGUCUGAACUGAUACAUUUGUUACGCUGUCGUCGUCUUCAAAUUCGCUCAUUUCACACGUAAUUCUACUUGAACAGUACAAUUGAGUGCAAUUCAGCUUCUCGUAAGACGUUUCCCGCAAUAAUGGAACCUGUGCCUUCGAUGUUUGGUCUAUUGGUCAGCGGAAGACUGGUGAGUGUAUUUUUCUUUCGGUAAAAACCUAUAAAAGAAAUACCACCUGCCUUACCUCUUUCAGACAACCCGAUUUUAUUUUACUAUGAGCACUCCGCUCCACGACUAUAGAAAACUGAUGAUACCGUACAUCAAAACUAAGCGAUAGUCCCAGUGGCUUGUAAACGUUGUCUGAGUAUUGAUGAUAAGUUUCGUUUGCGUCCUUGCAUUAAUUACCUACUCCUGAAAUUUUGAAAUUAUUUUAUUCACAAAAAUACACAUUAUUUACAUAAUUAAUAAUUUUACUGCCCAUAUAUUUAUUCUACAACUUAAUAAUAUACUUGCAAAUGUCAAUAUAUUUAAGUUUUUAAAACAAAAAUACAAGUGUUGGUCAGUAGGUAUGUCCUAUCAUAAUGCUAAUAAUCCAUUUUUUUUUAGGUACGAACAGAUUUUGAACUUUUAGAAGAAACAAAGUUUUUGAUCACCAUCAACUCGGCUGAAUCUGUAAAUUACAUUUGUGUGUUUCUCACCGGUCUUGUACCAUUUCCCGAAGGAACAGCCGGUUCUGGUACAAAUAAUAAUAUAUUGCACCGCACUUAACAUAAUUAAUAUAUAACAAUCUAUAAUUUGCCUUUGAGUGUUUGUGUUCUUAGAUAGGUUAGGUUAAUAUUUGUUAAAUAGUGACCAAAAAAAUAUGACUAAUAAUACUAUGCUCAAAAUUGUUUUUCAUAAGAAAUGAUAGUAAAAUUCUAGUUUAGGUCCCACGUGAUAUUUUGGUUUUUUUUUUUCAAAAUGUGUGAUUUUGCAUGUACAUUAAAAAUGAACAAAAAAAAAUUCUGACAAACUUCAUAUGAAAGUUUUAUUUUUUAAAGCAAUUUUAUUUACAAUCUAUACAACAUUAUGUACAAUGAGCAAAUUUGAUAGUUGAUGUAACAUAAAGUAACAGAAUUUAGCAUUUGUGGGCAGGCACUCAGCAGCACCACCCAACCGUGAACAUUUUAGAUGUCGUGAUUUUUUUUUUUUAGUAGGUCUCUAGGCCACUGUCUUUUGAGUCUUCUGCUUAUGUUGCCAGGAAGUGAGGUGGAAGAAAGUUGCUUUAUUAAUAGGUUACUGUGAGAGUUUAAGUUGGAGUGAAAUUUAGAGUAAUGUGCUUUUGCUAAUUGAUUGAGUGUAGGAAUUUGUAGGUCUUUGUGAAGAUUAUUGUUUGUGAAAUACCAAGGAGAAGAUGUUAUUAAUCAUAGGCAGAUAGAUUGAAAAGCUUGAAGCAUGUUGGUGUUAGAUGGCUUUGCGGAGCCCCAUAACUGGAUCCCAUAUGUCCAAGCUGGUCGAAUUAUUGAUUUGUAUAUAGUAAGUUUAUCGGAAAGGGAAAGUUUGGAUUUUAAGAGUGGUCUAAGGAUAUGAAGUCUAGAGUUAACAGUUUUACGUUUAAGUUUUAUGUGUGGGCUCCAGGUUAAGCGUUUGUCGAGAGUUAACCCAAGGUAUCUAACUUCGUUUGCCUUAGGAAUUGUUAUAUUGUUUAACGUAACAGGUGGAGAAACGAGAUUACGUAGUGAAAAAGUUACUUGAACAGAUUUAGUUUCGUUUAUUUUGAUUUUCCAUCUGUUUUCCCACAAGCUGAUCAUAUUUAAAUGAUUUUGGAUCAUUUCAUUGGCUGUGACGUGGCUUUCGUGGGAGGCGGUUANUCUUGGGUAUGUCAUGAGUGAAAAUCGAGUAAAGGAAUGGGGCGAUGUCGCUUCCUUAUGGGACUCCAGCUCUAGUAGUGUAACGGGUUGAGUAGGUGUUGUUUAGGCGAACAGUAAAGAAAUGAUUUUAUCAAGAAGAAAAGAGGGGCGGAUAAGAACUUUUUAAGUUUGUACAUUAGUCCAUCGUGCCAAACCCGAUCAAAGGCUUGGGAGAUGUCAAGGAAUACUGCUGUUCAAAACUGUUUUUUUUCCAGGGAGCUGGCUAUGAUAUCGACUGUUCUGUGUAAUUGGUGCAAUGUAGAAUGUUUUGAUCUGAAUCCGAAUUGUGUGUAUGGAAUUAUGUUUUUUGAAGAAGCAAAAUGAUUAAGUCUUUUUAAAAGAAUUUUCUCAAAAAUUUUAGAAAAGGUUGGGAGAAGACUUAUGGGUCUGUAAGAGGCAGGAUCUUGUGGUGGUUUAUUGGGCUUAGGUAUUAGAAUAACGACCGAGUAUUUCCAAGUGUUUGAAAAGUACGAUAGUCUGAAAAUGGCAUUGAAUGUGUGUGAUAAAAAAACAAUGACUUUUUUGGGAAUGUUCUUUGUAAUAACAUUACUAAUUAGAUCAUGACCUGGUGAUUUAUAUGAAAGUUAUGAAAGAAAACUUCAUUAGGUUUGGGUUUUCCUUUUCGCAUAUUUCUUAUGUAGAAUUUAAAAUUUUCAAUUUUUUUUUUUUUACAAAAUGUGUGUUUUUUAAAGCUUAAUCUAUUGGUAUAAUCAAAACAUUCCUAUCGUACUUAAUUUUGUAUUUUUUUUUUACAAAACCCUUGAAAAAUAUCAUUUUUGGAAUUAAUCCAAAAUGUGGUCAAAAGUAAACAUUUUUUAUUAUUAUUAUUAUUUGUAGUUAUUGAUAUAUUGAUAACAAUGAAAGAAUAAGUCUAUCUAGCUUAGUUUUAGAGUUACAAACAUUCAAACAUGCGGUGUUUCACUGUACUCACUCAGACAUUUUCAAUCGAAAAUAACCCCUUGAGAGUGACCACAUCGUAUCUCUAAUUCCCCCUAUAAUUCUUUUCACUUUUUCCUAUUACCUACUCUGGCUUUGCACAACAAAUUGAUGGUUAUUUGUCGAAUGAGCACACGCAUUUGAACAGUUUUAACUCUAAAACUAAGCCAGGUAUACUUAUUCUCAUAUUCUCAAUAAAAAAAAAAAAAUUUGUUAUGAAAAUAUCAAUAACUAUAAAUAAUAAUAAUAAACAAAUAUCUAUUUUUGACCACAUUUUGGAUUGAUUCCAAAAGUGUUAUUUUUCAAGGUUUAUGUACAAAAACUAUAAAAGUAUGAUGGGUAAAUUGUGAUUAUACCAAUGAAUUAAGCAUUAAAAAGCACAUAUUUUAGAGAAAAAGAAAUGUAAAAAUGUGUUAUUCUAACCAAGAAAUAUGCGAAAAGGAAAACCCAAACUUUAUAAAGUUUUCCCCCAUAACUGCCAAAUGAAGCUCGUCUAAUUUUUUUUUUUACAUUCUUAAUGUACAUUUGAAAACACACACUUUGAAAAAAAAAAAAAAAAAAUUCACAUAGGAGCUAAACUAGAAUUAUUCCAAAAUGAUUUUUUGUUGUGUUCAAAUAUAAAUUAAAUUAUUCUAUAUAUCAACCCUUCUAACUUCCCUACUAAAAUAGUGGCACACUCAUCAACUCAUUGGCAGCAUCAACCUUUAUUGUAUGCUUAUGGUUUUACAAUAAUGUUUUUUUUUAUUAUUUAUUUGGACAAUUUUGAUAUAAAUAACAAGGAUAGCACUUUUCGUGAAUGAAAAUCGGACUGGGAAGGUACUUUAGGGAAGUCAUUUUGAAUUUUCUUAGAAGUUUUCCCGAUAAAUAGGAAAAACCAAGAGAACAAGAAAAUAGAUACAAUAUUCAACAAUUAUUAUUAAAGAAAUAUAUAAUGUUUAUUAUAUAAUUAUUUUAUCAAAAUAUGACACAUAUUGUUGAAAAAGCAACACUAUUAACUGAACUCCUUUCAGAAUCCUUUUUUUGUUAGCAAUAGUUAAUCAUUGGUUACAGAAAGUCUUACAGAUAUAUAUAUAUAUUAAAUUCUCGUAUAUAUCCUACCUCCCCAUUUUUUCACUUAUAACAGUGGCUGCACCCGUCCUCAUUAUCUUAGAGGAUUUUUUAUUAUUUAGAGUUUAAAUAUGAUUUAACUUCAUUAAAUUUUAAUUGUGUGUGUUAAUUUAGUGUACUUCAGUUGGCCAGAUGAACAGGCGAGGCCAAAUUGGCAACUUUUAGGCGUUCUAUCCAAUACUAAACCAUCUGCAAUUUUCAAGCUUUCAAAUCUCAAACAACAUUUUGAUACAUCAAAGUUACCAUUAAAUGCAUUCAGUCAGUUUCCAUCAAUUACUAUUAAUGCUCAAAUUGGUAUCUCUAUAGAACCAUUAAUAAAUGCUGAGUUACAAGUAACUAGUUUAGAAAAUACUACGCAUAAUUUAUCAACAUUUGUGGAGUUUACUCAAAAAAUGGUACAAAGUUUAUACAACUAUGUGGCUAGUUAUGCAGUCGAAUGUGGUCCCAGACAAAAUAUGCCCAAUAUGUCAAUGGUACCUCUACAAUCGGUUCAAAAAUGGUAUGAAAACUUUGAAAGAAAGUUAAAUUUAAAUCCUAACUUUUGGAAAUCCUGAAAUAUUGUGUUCUAUAUCUAUUCUAUCUAUAUAUGCCUUCUUGUUCUUAAUACUUUAAGUAAUAAAUAAACAUUGAGUGUAAUUAAGUAACAAUUAUUAUGCAUUAUAAUGUUUAAGUAAUAUAUAUUAUGUGAUAAUACACAUUUGUUUUGCUUUUGUUUUUAAAUUAUUUAAAGUUAAGUAUGUGCCUUUUAGUAUUACCUAUUUAUAAUUUAACCUAAAUAUAAAAUAUGAUUACAUGAAUACAUUGUUCUGUUCAUUAAUUUGAAUACUCCAAUAAUAGGAUAUUUUUGUUUUAUAUUAAUUUGUUCAAGUCAUAUAUACUUUAAAAAUGUUAAUAAUAUUUUAACACAUAUUUUGGGUUGGAUAGUACUUAGAAGGGAGAAAACAAUUAAUUGAAUCUACCAUUAGCAAUACAAAAUUUUAUUUUUAUUAUUAGGAAAAUAAUUAAUCAUUUGGUUUUUAAAGUUUAUUAUUCAUGUAUAAUUUUGAUUCAUUGUAUAACUUAGUCUGAUAAAAUUAUUUGUAUACAUUUAUUUUGCUAUUAUUAACUACAGAGGAUAUACAAAAUAUUUUAUAUAAUAUACCAAUUUAUUUAUUUGUGUUAAUUAAUUACUAUCCACUAGUAUUUUGUUUAUGUUUUACAUACAAUUGAUGCAUUGUUGAAAUUAAUUAGCUCUUAGUUAUUAAUGUAUUUUUAGUAUGAAUUGUAACACUUACAAGAAAUGUAGAUAUCACAUAAGAGAAAAUUAUUUCUAUAUCUGAUAAUUAUAUUGUGUAUUUUAUAUGUAGUUUCCAUUUAAAAUAUUAUUAAUGAUUACCUUAGAAUAAUUAAUAUUUCAUGUGCACAUAAUUAUUUUGUCAAAUUUGAAUCCUUAGUUGACUAAAAAUUAAACUUUUGUUACAUAAAAGUAAUUCGCAUGCAGUUUUAUGUACUACAGUAAACAGUUUUUAUAUUAUAAUUGAUGUACCUUGUAACAUUGUUAUAUAGUCUUAUAAAAAAUAUUGAUGUUGAAC